ACAAUGGAUAGCAAUACUGUAAUAAUCUGUGUGUAUUUCAUUCAUGGAUUUUCGGUGGCUGAUUCGAACGGGAUAAAAGAACUGCUGUAUUUUGAAGAAGAGAGAACCUGGGUAGAAGCCCGGAAUGUCUGCCGGAAUUAUAACGGCAAGCUGAUGCAUAGCACCACCCUAAACCGGAACAUCAUAGAGAACUGCAAAGAGAUUGACCCCUUCAAAAGGUUCUGGGUGGGAGAACACCGUACACUCUCCGCGUGGUUCGAAAUCACAGGUUGUUUUGAGGACGCUGAGAUCCAGUAUAAUGUAACCUAUGACAACAGCGACAGUAACGAGGCUUCGGUUUGUUACAAAGUGUGUCAAGGAUCACGGUAUGUCGGACUAAAGAAUAACACAUGUUUCUGCAUCGAGGAAUCGCCAGGUAACCAGGCCAGUCUUUCCUGCAACCGGAAGUGUCCUGGUAACGAGGCUGAAUAUUGCGGAGGCGAGGGUGUAAUUAGUGUGUUUAGAAAAGCUACCUCCACGCCAGAAAACUCCCUCUGUCCCCAGCAGGAAAUGUGUCUCUGUUCACAACUCGAUUGUCUCCCUUCCGGAGCCUCGUUCUCAUCUCGACCUUGUGUCACAGAACUACACGGCGCAUGCGGUUACGGAUACAUGACCGACACCAGGAGUUCGUGGAACAUUAGUAACGAAAAUUGCAGGGCACAGGGCUUCUUGGCAAAUCAGGAAAACUCACAAGAAUUCUGCAAGAACAGAAUCAUAACAUGGCCUCAAACAUAUUGGUCAGGAGUGUUCCGAAGUGUCAUCAACAAUCUCGAUAAAGGAAAUGGUGGAUAUAGGGAUCCGCUCCUUUAUUGUUUUUCACUUCGGAGGGGCUCUCGACUGAAUAAGGAAGGAAGUGUCUCCAUCAGCCCUGAUACCUGUUACAGUGAGCAACUGCCCUUUAUCUGUGAAAUAGGUUCCUCUUUGUUUGGGGAGGCUCGAUGUAAAGUUCAGAGAGCUCCAACCACCCCUUCCAUCUCCUCUACCACCUCAGCGAAAACUCCCCAACCUACGACACAGGAUGGAGCCAAUCCUUCGUCUACGUACUUCAUCACUAACCAGGUCAAGGACGAGAAAGAUGAUUUGAUUGACAAAAUAUUUAUUGUCGGCCUUGUUGCUGGUGCUGUGCUGCUCGUGUUGAUAGUAAUUUGUUCGGCUACAAUAGUUACCAAAAGAAGAAGGAGUGCGCACUAUGGAAAGAAAUAUGGAAAUCAGUUUAUAAUUCGUUCCUAUGGAAAUGAUAUCAAAAUAGAUAAAAAGUCACCAGAAUCAAGGAGAAAGCAAGAACAAGUAACGCCAGAAAUCUUUAUAACUGAUGUCACUUCCGGCGACACGUUACAGGCAUUUCCAAAAGAUAACAGCAACACCAGCGUGUCUUCGUCUGAACUGAAAUAUGACAGUUUGAAACAUGGUCAUGCAAAGACAAAACCUCUAGAACUACAGCAAUAUAUAACGAAUCAUAAUGAAGUCAGAAGUGACAUCAGCAGUGAGCAUAGCAACGACGAAUGCCGUCCAUUGACAAAUAGGAAACAAACAAUGCCUGCUAAAGUUAAAACAGAAGGCCAGUUAACGGCAAACUUGGAUAUUGACGAUAUGAAAAGCUUGCCGCGACAGUCAAAGUUAGCGAGAAAACCUCCAUUUCGAUAUGUGUAUAGUGAGUGGUAAAGUUGGCGUAUCAAUUUUGAUACGGGUCUUUUAUCAUUUCUUUUUACAUAAUGUUUGGUUUGGUUAUUGGAGUUUCUUUCUAUGUCGCAUCAAGAAAAUAAAAUCAAAGUAUUGUAAACACUUUCAAUCGUAGUAAGAAGUCAGUUUGUGCUGAUUCUUUUCGGUGACAUUAUUAUAUUAUAUGUUUUGUUUUAUAUUUUGUUUGACUUUAUGGUUAUGUCAUUCAUGCUUUAUGUUAUACCAAUCAUACUUCACUAGAGCUCAAAUUAUCAAAUCAAAGCGAA